GAGAAGGCGAAAAGAAGAGCAGAGAGAGAGAGAGAGAGAGAGAGAGAGAGAGAGAGACAAGGGGGUCGGGUCGCUGCACAGCCAGGACCGCGGGGCGAGGGAGGGGCCAGCAAGGCCGACGACUAGUCGGCUGAGGCCUGGUCUGAAAGCGAGCCGACCUUCCAGCGACAGCAGGCCGAGGCCGCCCGUCGCCUCUUCGCCGGGGGAAGAAAGUAGAUAAAAGAAGACUUCUAGAAGAAAAGACCCUUGUCGUUUGCAAGCAUGCCAUUUCCCUUUGGCAAAUCACACAAGUCUCCUGCAGACAUAGUGAAGAAUUUGAAAGAAAGCAUGGCAGUUCUAGAAAAACAAGAUAUUUCUGACAAGAAGGUAGAAAAGGCUACCGAAGAAGUUUCAAAAAACUUAGUUGCCAUGAAAGAAAUUUUAUAUGGCACCAAUGAAAAGGAACCUCAGACAGAAGCUGUAGCUCAGCUUGCUCAAGAACUAUACAACAGUGGUCUUCUUAGCACCCUAGUCGCUGAUCUACAACUCAUUGAUUUUGAGGGCAAAAAGGAUGUGGCUCAAAUAUUUAAUAAUAUUCUGAGAAGACAAAUUGGUACUAGAACACCCACAGUUGAAUACAUCUGUACUCAGCAAAAUAUAUUAUUCAUGCUGUUAAAAGGAUAUGAAUCUCCAGAAAUCGCUCUGAAUUGUGGAAUCAUGUUAAGAGAAUGCAUCAGACAUGAACCACUAGCGAAAAUAAUCUUGUGGUCAGAACAGUUUUACGACUUCUUCAGAUAUGUGGAAAUGUCAACAUUCGACAUUGCUUCAGAUGCAUUUGCCACUUUCAAGGAUUUACUUACAAGGCACAAAUUGCUGAGUGCAGAAUUUUUGGAACAGCAUUAUGAUAGGUUCUUCAGUGAAUAUGAAAAAUUGCUCCACUCAGAAAAUUAUGUAACAAAACGACAGUCACUUAAGCUACUUGGUGAAUUGCUACUGGAUAGACACAACUUCACAAUUAUGACAAAAUACAUCAGUAAACCUGAAAAUCUCAAGCUAAUGAUGAAUCUUUUACGGGACAAAAGUCGCAACAUUCAGUUUGAAGCCUUCCAUGUGUUUAAGGUGUUUGUAGCCAAUCCUAACAAGACGCAGCCUAUAUUAGAUAUUCUCUUAAAGAACCAGACCAAACUUAUUGAGUUUCUCAGCAAGUUUCAGAACGACAGGACCGAGGAUGAACAAUUUAACGAUGAGAAGACCUAUUUAGUUAAACAGAUCAGGGAUUUGAAAAGACCAGCACAACAAGAAGCCUAAUCUUCUAUAAACCCCUAAAAUAUUAAAUCCAAAUUCAGCAUUUGCUGUUAGAUAUUCAGCAUCAGGCACUCUUAUCACUUCAUGAGGAACAUUACUGCUAAUCGCUGUUCAGUGAACAGUUUGUUUGUUUUUCUUCUCUUUAUUUUUUUAGUCCGAGUUGACAAACCUAGCUGCUGCUUUCUUGCACAAUGUGGACUUUCUUGAUAUUUGUGUCUGAAUUCAAGCACACCGCUUGUUUUUGGAAGUCCAGGGUGGGGGUGGGAUGGGAAAGAUUAUUGGUUCAUGAAACAAACAUAUAAGGUAGUUUGAGAUAGGAGAGAAGGUAGUAGACUAGUUUAUGACAGGGUGCAUGCUAGCAAAUCUGAUUCAAUCCAUGUUUGCACUUAACCUUGUAUGAGAUGCGAGCACAAUGUGAUCUGUGCAUAUUUGGCACCAUAGUAUAAGAUUAUAUGCCUUGAUUUUUUUUAAAAAAUGUGCAGUGCUUUAAUUGUAAUCAAAGGGGAAAUGUAUCUAAGAUGUGAGCUUUCUGGGAUGAACAUUGUCUUGCAAAUAAAAUUGAUACUGAAACUUGGCAACUUCUAAGAAUGACAUCUCAGAGUUCAUGAGGAAAAUGUAUAUAUGCCUUUCAUUGCUUUAUAGUUUGUUUUUGAGAGUGAUUUUCUGAGAAUUGAGAUGUAGACUUGGAAAUACAUUAUAAGAAUUUUUGUUAAUUUUACUUCAAAUUGUGUUUCAGACAAUAGAGCUUAGCAGUGACACUUUGUGUUUCAUUUCAACAAUGCUUGUUUUCUUCUGUAUAUAACUCCUACGCUGCUCAUUUCUUUAAAAAUGAUUUAAUUUGUACAGCAGAGGAAUGUUAAUGUAUUAGUCUGUAACUUUUACCUGAUACUGAUACUGAGUUUUGAAAAAUGAAAGCUCAUGUAAAAUGAUACGUUGGAUCACAUGAAAAUACUGAUUUCACAUUUCUUAAAUACUGCAGCAUUAAAAAGAAUCCAUUUUUCUGUAUUUGCAAGUAUAAUGCAGUGCCAUCAAUUAAAGUAGACUAAAAAUAUAGCUCUGGAACCCACUAAACCUGUAUUCCUCAAUGUUGGCCUUCUCCAUUUAUAUUAGUGCUGUGUUUGGCCAAUUGUAAAUUAUAAAGAUUAUGCUAAAUUAAUUUAGAUUUGUUUUUCAUGUGGGUAUAAAGAGAAUCUCUCUUUUCAUAUCGUUAGUAUAAUAGUUGUGUUGUAUUUAACUUAUAUUUUCCAUUCAACAACCAUAAUUUUCAUAACUGUCCUAGUGUCAAUAUCCUGUUCCUUAAUGCUGCAAACUAUCAGUAUUUAUUUUUUUUAAAGACUGAUUUUGCACCACUUUUUGUUACUGUGAUCAUAACAAAAUGCUAAAUAUAUCUGAAGUAUGUUAUCAAAAUCUUAUCUAUACAUAAUAGUAGAACUGAGAUCACAACCAGCCAACUUUUUGAAUUGGGAGAAUAAAAGUUCAAAUUCCGCAUGAUUGAAUCUGACUGAAAAUGCUAUACAAUUAUUUAUUGUUUUCUAGCAUCUAUAUGGUUAAAUUAUUUUACAAAUGAUUAAUUUGCUGAUUUAGCUAAUUUUUAAAGCCUUCAUGAUGGAAAUUGGAAUACAGUCCAGCAAAUAGGAUUCUGAUAAUGUUGGAUAUAUACCUAUGUUUCUUUCAGCAGUCAUUUGUCUUUUGCAAAAUGGUCUGUAAUAUCUAUUGGAAAAAAUCAUAACCCUCUAUUGAAUCAUUUAUUUAGACAGGCAAAAACAACCGUAGAGGUGGUAAUAUUAUAGAUCAGUACAGUACUCUGACCUUUUUUAUAUUUUGGUUUAGUAUAGCUAAGACAAUGAAAUAUUAGGUGGCAAGUUAUUCUCCAUUAUGCAUAAGGCUUCCACUUUUAGGGGAAAAAAAUAUAGACAUGCUAAAAGUUGUAUAUCUGUGUGUGUAUAUAUAUAUCUAUAUCUAUAUGUGUGUGUAUGUAUGUGUGUGUACACACACAUCUAUCAAAAUAGAUAUAUGAAAGUUAAAAGAUGGAUCUGGAUAUUGAUUUUGCUUCUCUUAUUAUUUGGCAUGGGACAAAAGGCUAUACUUUAAAAAACAUUAAUCCUUGGAGUGUUGGCUUUCAAAAAAAGUUGUAUUUAAGACCAUUUGAUGUGCUAUUCAUAUUAAAAACUAUUGUACUGGAAAUGGUUUCUUAUCUGUGUGAAGGCUUAAAGAUAUUACUAAAAGUUAUUUAAUGUGACCUGUUGGGGUUUUUUUUCUAAAUGUGUACAAUUGUAAAUUUCCUUCCAUGAAAGCAUUUCUUCAAAUGAAUGCAUUUCUUAUUAGAAGAUCUGGCUGGCCCUUUAAUUUAAAUUGAAAUAAAAUUUUGAAGAAACACAAA